AUUCAGAGCAAGUAAUGGAGCACAUAACCUGGUAUUUGCUGGUAUAUCAAAGUACUCAGCAAUGCCGUCCCUACGACUGCAACGACAGUGAUAUCUUCAGAAGGCAAAGCUGAAAUGCCUUUGGAAGAAAUAAAAAAAUAUAUAAGCAUAUCUUUGAAAUUGUUAAGUCUUGGAUUAAUCAUAGCUGCUGGAGGAUUUUGGGCUGGCGCAGGAGUGGAUAGCAGGCCUAAAUACAGAGAUGAGCAGACCCUGGUAGCAGGAACUAUUUGGAGCCAGAUUUUGAUCCCUAUAGGCCUACUAAUAUCCACAAUAGUGAAUGAAGAGCUCGAACAUUUCAUACAUGGAUAUUUCCUAGUUACUGGUUUGAUUCUAAAGUUUUCUACGGGUAUAGUUUUGGGAAAAUUCAAUUUAAGACUCGAUGUAUUCGAAGGCUGUAAAGGACCGAAGACCAAUGAUUGUUGCAACAUAACCAUUCACCGCAUUAACCAAACUGCCGUAGACUAUGACGUACGCUUGAAUAGGCCUAUGACGUUAACUAAAGGCAAAGUCACUGCCCGUUCAAAUGGUAGCGACUUUUUCAGGCUGCAGUUGAAGAAUCCAUGCAACCAUAUUUUUAUGAAGUCGAUUUUGCAGACCGCUUUAAACAUUACUCGAACAUGUGUUAUUAAUCCGGGCCAUUACCACAUGAUAGCUGAUAUCAACAACAUCGCGCAGUCUUACUACGGGGGCUCGUUCCUCUUCGGCACUUUCCAUUUUAGAUCGCUCUUCUUGGCCGAAGACUGUAACUUCUCGUGCACUGACGUUGUAGUUACGUUUGUACCAAAAAAACCUUAGUGCAAAUUGGGGCGAAUCUAUAAGUAGGGCUGAGUUGCACCAACUUACAUUAACCAUAACUAUAACCAGUGUUUUUGUAUGGAGUUUGACAGA